AUGUCUGUUUUUACUUCUGUCAAAGAGAGCGGUGCAACUCUGGCCGUCUGUCAGUGGGGUUUUGAUGAUGAAGCGAAUCAUCUUUUACAUCACCAUCAACUUCCUGCUGUGCGGUGGGUAGGAGGCCCAGAAAUUGAGCUUCUCGCAAUAGCCACGAAUGCUCGUAUUGUGCCGAGGUUCUCUGAGCUAUCCCCGGCUAAGCUUGGCUCUGCUGGAUUGGUUCGUGAGAUCACUUUUGGAACGGCUCGCGAUCGCAUGCUCUCCAUUGAGCAGUGUCCUAAUAUUGACGAGGCUAAACGUUCGCUUCACGACGCACUUUGUGUGAUUCGUAACUUAGUUCGCGAUGAUCGUAUUGUCUAUGGAGGUGGAUCAGCUGAGACUGCUUGUGCAAUUGAAGUUGCGAGAGAGGCCGAUAAGAUUGAAGGCGUAGAACAAUACGCCUUCCGUGCAUUUGCUGAUGCGCUUGAAGCAAUUCCAAUGGCAUUAGCGGAGAACAGUGGACUCGGUGCGAUAGAUGCAAUUACUGAUUUGAAGGCAAAGCAAAUCAAGACUGGAAACUCUUAUUUGGGAAUUGAUGCCCUCUUCAAGGGCACUAAUGACAUGAGAGCACAAAAAGUUGUCGAGACGCUUGUUUCAAAGAGGGAACAAAUCUCACUUGCUACUCAGGUUGUGCGCAUGGUUCUCAAGAUUGAUGAUGUUCGAGUACCUGACGACGAACAAUCUCCGUACUAA